CAUUCCGAAUGCCUUUCUAACAACUUCAGACCCUGCUUCAGACCAAUCAGAGACGUCGAUGUUACACGUUAGGAUUGUGGGUAGUGUAGUACUCGACAUCGGACGGACUUGUGGCUUCUGCAGCGGGCAUGGAGGCGCUUAUCCCCGUGAUCAACAAGCUGCAGGAUGUGUUCAACACAGUGGGGGCGGACAUCAUACAGCUGCCGCAGAUAGCAGUGGUCGGGACUCAGAGCAGCGGCAAGAGCUCUGUGCUGGAGAGCCUGGUGGGCAGGGACCUGCUGCCUCGUGGGACCGGCGUUGUAACCAGGCGACCUCUCAUCCUCCAGCUGGUCCACGUGGAUCCUGGUGACGCCAGGAAACAUGACGAUGGCGGUAGAGAGGGUGAAGAGUGGGGCAAGUUUCUGCACACAAAAAAUACGAUCUACACAGAUUUCGAUGAAAUCAGGCAAGAAAUCGAAAAUGAAACGGAGCGGAUAUCAGGGAAUAAUAAGGGGAUCAGUGAUGAGCCCAUUCAUCUGAAGAUAUUCUCUCCUCACGUUGUCAACCUCACUCUGGUGGAUCUGCCAGGAAUCACCAAGGUGCCGGUAGGUGAUCAGCCUAAGGACAUUGAGGUUCAGAUUAAAGAUCUAAUCCUGAAGCACAUCUCCAACCCCAACUCCAUCAUUCUGGCCGUCACGGCUGCGAACACAGACAUGGCCACCUCAGAGGCGCUGAAAGUGGCGCGGGAGGUCGACCCCGACGGCAGGAGGACACUGGCUGUGGUGACAAAGCUGGACCUGAUGGACGCUGGUACCGACGCCAUGGACGUUCUGAUGGGCAGAGUCAUCCCCGUCAAACUGGGCCUGAUUGGAGUCGUCAACAGGAGCCAGUUGGACAUCAAUAAUAAAAAGUCUGUGGCCGAUGCCAUCCGGGACGAACACGCGUUCCUGCAGAAGAAAUAUCCGUCUCUUGCCAACAGAAACGGGACCAAAUACCUGGCCCGGACUCUGAACAGGUUACUGAUGCAUCACAUCCGAGACUGUCUGCCUGAGCUGAAGACACGGAUCAACGUGUUGGCAGCCCAGUACCAGUCCCUGCUCAGCAGCUACGGCGAGCCCGUCGAGGACCAGAGUGCCACGUUGCUCCAGCUCAUCACCAAGUUCGCCACGGAAUACUGCAACACCAUCGAGGGCACGGCCAAAUACAUCGAGACGGCAGAGCUGUGCGGCGGAGCCAGAAUUUGUUACAUAUUCCACGAGACUUUUGGCAGAACAUUGGAGUCUGUGGAUCCUCUGGGAGGACUCAGCACCAUCGAUAUCCUGACGGCCAUAAGGAACGCCACGGGCCCGCGUCCGUCGCUGUUUGUGCCCGAGGUUUCCUUCGAGCUGUUGGUGAAGAAGCAGGUGAAACGCCUGGAGGAGCCCAGUCUGCGCUGCGUGGAGCUGGUCCACGAGGAGAUGCAGAGGAUCAUCCAGCACUGCAGCAACUACAGCACACAGGAGCUGCAGAGGUUCCCCAAGCUUCACGAGGCCAUUGUGGAAGUGGUCACCUCCCUCUUGAGGAAGCGACUGCCCAUCACCAAUGAGAUGGUCCACAACUUGGUUGCAAUUGAGCUGGCUUACAUCAACACCAAACACCCGGACUUUGCCGAUGCCUGUGGCGUCAUGAAUAACAACAUCGAGGAGCAAAGGAGAAACCGGAUGAGGGAGCUGCCCGCUGCAGUGCCCAGGGAUAAGUCUGUUGGCAAAGGCCCGGCUGGUCCAACUGUGGUUUCUGGCGAGCCCCCUGCAUCUGGAGCAGACAUGGACGGUGCCAAGGCCCCGGCAGCAGGACCCCAGGGUGAGCAGGACAGCACAGGUAACUGGAGGGGGAUGCUGAAGAAAGGGGAGGACGCCCCGGGCUCUGGACCUGGAAGCCCCCUCAGAGGAGUUGUCAACCUGCUUGAUGUGCCUGUGCCAGUCGCCAGGAAGCUGUCGUCACGCGAGCAGCGGGACUGUGAGGUCAUUGAACGCCUCAUCAAGUCCUACUUCCUCAUUGUCCGCAAGAACAUCCAGGACAGCGUGCCGAAGGCAGUGAUGCACUUCCUGGUCAACCAUGUGAAGGACAGUCUCCAGAGCGAGCUUGUCGGCCAGCUGUAUAAAUCUGGCCUCCUCAAUGAUCUGCUGACCGAGUCAGAGGAUAUGGCCCAGCGGCGCAAGGAGGCCGCCGACAUGCUACAAGCAUUGCAGAAAGCCAGCCAGGUGAUUGCUGAGAUCCGCGAAACUCAUCUGUGGUGAGAAAACAACAAAGGGAGCUGAAACCCGAUCAGUUCUCUUCCCGUCAUGCCCCAAGGGACCGACGCUCCACGUACCCAUCAUGUCUGAACAUGAAGUUUAGGUUUUACAACCAUGAAAAUGCACUGUUCUGAUCCCUGCUCAGACGUACAGUAGGUAUCAUGUACGCUCACUAGCCACCUGAAAGAAUUGAAGUUGUUUAUUUAAAUUGCUUGUUGUUGUGUUGAGUAUACGAGAACGCACUGCCUCCGUUAGCAAAGGUUCAAAGUAAGAUUUUAGAAAAGUGUAGUUGCCCGUCACUGCUCCCGGAGGAAGCAAAAGUGGAGCGGAAGGCAAAGUACUUUUCAUUUUUUGACAGACUGUGGUUAACCAGUAUGAAAAUGGACUUUUGUGUGAAGUGGAAAUGAAAGUUUUGAUGCCACUUUGGCAGCAAAGCAUUCUGGAAAAUUGCUUCAAGGUUAUAAAAGAUCAAAAAAUACUAUUCAGCCCCUCAUCUGCAGCCUUUUCAUUUGGGAGUAGCUGAUAUGUGUCAGAAACCGUGGAACCUCAGACAUCGUAGUGUGACAAUACAGCAGGGAUUAGUUCACCCGAAUUAAAAUACAUAAUCCCGAUUUGCAGCAAAUGUUAGUCCUGUCACGUAUGUAUAUACUCCUUUACUUUAUUUUUUUGCACUCCUGUCGCCACACUGCACUGUAUAGAGGCCAUCGUCUUGACACUGUAACGCCAAAAAUGUAUUUCUUAUUGUGUUAUUUAAAUGUGUGCAUAAUGUCAUGAGCACUAUUGCAGCCUGCUGCUGUAGGUAAUUUAAUUAUGUUUACAUAUCUCUGCCUACAUGUGAAAUUUCUCGUGCACUGUGGUUCUCUGUAGACGGUUCCCAGAAAAAUAAAUAUGAGUAUUUUAUUGCCA